AUGAUCCAAAAUCUCGGGCAGUUAGACAACCGCGAUGAUGAAAGUGCAGAGCACGGCGGUUUAUCGGACAAGUCCUUACUCGGUUCGGGAUCUGUCAUGCUGAUCAAUGCCGAUCGGGAUCAACAUCAACUCAAUGUUACACUGCGUCCAGAUGAGACGCCUUCUAAGCAGCAGCUCAUUCGUUCUUUUGUAGUUGAACAAUCAAUGCGAAACUCAAUUGCCUCGGAGUCCGUUUGCUUGUUUGUUCGAUGA